AGGAACAAAGAGGAUUUCGUCCCAUAACUGUACCAGCGUAGAAAACAAGGGCACCAAGAUUUUUGGCGAACAAGUUUAGCCAGACGAGCCACAGUGAAGUAGUUGUCGUUUCGUGUACUAGUACUGCAGUUGAUACAACGCAUACCGAGGAUCUCCAUUCGAUCUAAUUGGUUCGUUUUGUGUGAAAAGUAUGCCUUUGAUGUAAGAACAGUUCCAGUACCAGUACCCGUACCGAAGCAGCACGCAGCGCCAGUUCGACAUUUCAACGUCACCCGCUCGCCCAGAACAGCUUUCCUCUUUUUCCAGGAUAUUCUCCAGUGGCAUCAAGUCACAAACGCGGUAAAAAUUCUCCCAAACAGUCUUUCAUUCCACUUUUUGUUGCGGAACUUUAGUACCGAACUGCAGCAGCCUGACGGCCUUCAGUUGCGAAUCGUGGUUUGAUCUCUGCGCGUAGCAACUCCUCACGAACAACAAGAAGGAAGGGACUUUUCUCGACGAACGCUCAAAUCGAUAAAAAGGAGGGCAACGACGUCCAACAACUAAAGGCCACCAACAGCCAACAGAGGGAGACAGCGACAGCGGCAAUUUCGCCGCCUGUAGCUUUCAUCUGCGACAACGAAAAUAAUCGGCACAUUAAGAAGUGAGUGUGUGCCACUGCAGGCUGCCUGACUCUAUUGCGGUACGCAACUAAGAAGCCACCGUCGAGGGAAGCUUCUCACGAGGAGCAGGAGCACAAUCAAACUGCGACAGCUCCAGUAGCAGUGCACAGAAAGUGAAAGCGCCGAUCAGGCGGUCAAUUGGAAGACGCCUUCAUCGUUCUCUCUCGACGCGGCCGCGGUAAGAAAGUAGAAGACCCGACUCGCUCGAACAGGCUGUUCGCCUUGCGGGACGACAAUACAAGGAGCGCAAGCGAACCACAACAAGUAGUUCAAGAUGAGGAAAGGGACGAACAAGAGAACAAAUGUUUCCUACGGGAACCCAAUAAUAGCGGACAUCGAGCAUCAGAAAAUGAUGCUGAGGUACUAUCCACCGUUUUUUGAAGAUUUCUUUCUGUGCUGCAUGCUAAGAGAUGACUCCGCGGCCUUUGAUGACCAAGGUGAAUGAUGAGGAUGAUUCAGGUUGUGUCUAUAUGUAGUGUAGAACCUCCGAGAUGAACUAAGAUUUUUUAUGGAGUGAAAACGACGCACGACAGGCACCGCGAGCAGCUGAAGAAGAUGCAGUGCAGCAUCGACAAUAAUCCACCAGCACCACAACCACAUCUUCAACUUUUCGGACGGGAUUACUUCGCAAAGAAGCGCGCGACCACAGAAGCAGCGUUUCAGGAUUUGAAAAUGAUCCAGUCAAUAGCAAGAACCAUGACCCGGCCAGUAGAAGCACCAAGGGGACUCCGUAAUUCUAUAUGUUUAUAAACUGUUUUUUUGCUUGUUUUCCCGGUCGGAUGCGAAAGACUGACCAACGUGCUGUCAUGGACAAGUUACUUAUGAUUGAUGAAGUUCAAGUUCUGUUUGUGCGAGAUUUGAUCUAGUAAACGUCGCACGAUAACAAAUACAGCGUCCGGGCCCAUCAAGAGCUUGAAUCACUCUCACCGAAAGAAGGAGCUGUUUCGUAUCACCAUGGAGAAUCAUCUUCUCCUAGAGCGACUGGAGAAGACGCAGCCGGUACUUACUUACGUUUAUUUGAUUGUUUUCGCGCGAGUAGUAAGGAUCGAUCAACAUGAUGAUGAUGAUGAUGAAAGUGAAUCAUGUGCAUCUGCUUGUAGCACGCAUUUUUUUAAUGCUUCCGUGGCUGUAUUUCUAUUUUAUGAGAGUGUGCACCACAUAAGGCUAGCGCUUGAAUGACAUCGACCGUGAAAAACAAAAAUCCAAAACAGAUGAUGAACAACCAGAAGCUGGAAGAGGAAGCGGUUGCGCGAAGACUACACAUGAUAAACUGUAGUUACAGUGCGCGGCGAAACGGGCUGUACGACGACCUAUUGGGGAAACGUACACACAAACUGAAGUUGUCCAAGACCGGAGCAGAAUGUAUUUUUGCCACAUUUGAUACUUUGCAGGCCGCCGUUGACUCGAAUGAAUUGGAAUUUGAAAAAUAAAUACGCUAAGAAGUUAGAGAUGCUAGCUUUCGUCGAUCUCUAGCUGAGUCACCAUCUACCUUCAAAAAUGCUAGUAGGUCCUCCUGAGAUCAUGUUGAAUUUUACUAGAAACACAAAAAAUUAUAUUACCACCAGCCGCUCCGACGUUGCCCGCUAUCGAGAAUCAGACGCAUGCGACGGAGCUUCCGCCGAAUGUCGUGCCAGACCCACCAGCUGAAGUCGCACCAGCAGCGCCUGUGGCUGCGCGGCGCGUCGCUACCGGAGGAGACGACGAGGUGGUGGCUACGGACGAGGAAGUCAAGGAGGAGUACGAAAAUGAGGAGUUCGAGAAGGAAUACGAGGAGGAAUUCGAGCAGUCCGAUGCUUAAUUGCGCACAAGAAGGUGGUCGCAAUUCGAAUUUUCAUCGUACUUGCUUCGCGCUCCUUCAGACUGUUAAAAUAACUCUGAGCUAUCUUCUACCGCGCUAGUAUCUAUUCAUCGUCGCUUUGAUGCUUAAUGGUUCCAGAUGAGUGUUGCAUUUUUGCACCAGCAGAUUUAUUGUCACAGAUAUAUCAACAGCAAGAACAGAGGUAAUCGCGCAUUACUAUCGCUGUUGCUACGCUAGAAAAACAAGGUUCAAACAGAUUGUCAGUUCUCGUUCUACCCUGUUGUCGCGACAAGGCCGCCGCGCACUGUCGUAUGCGUGCAGCCUCGUCCUUUUCCCCCGAGGUGGGAAGGGCACUAACCCCCCCAACACGGCAUUUUGUCCCCUGUACUUUUUCGUCCCCCAUGAACGAAGACAAAGCAUCACCCUACGAGAGGACUCAAAUUUCGCAGGUAUCUGAAUAAGUAAAUUUUUCGCGCUCUGUGUGCUCACGAAGCAGUAUUCUUUCACUCUUUUUAGCCGGAGAGGGAGACAGAUGUCAGAAGACCGAGAGAAAAGGAGGUUUUGAUUAGAUGGACGAACGAGACUUCUAAAACGAAUCUAGAGUCUGACACGUGUAUACUUACAGCGCAGAAGUGAAGCCGCGUCUUGGACAUGUAUAAGUCCC